AUGCGGGGCCCGCUGCUCUGGGCGGGCUGGCUGCUGGCCGCCGGCUGCCUGCUCGGUGCCACGGGCAGCUGCCGGCAGCGCUGCUGCCCCGGCAGGAACAACGCCUGCUGGGCCCCCGGCGCCCGCCGGGCUCGCUGCUACUGCGACUCGUACUGCCAGAGGACGGGGGACUGCUGCCAGGACUACCUCGCCGUGUGCCGCCGUGCCGCGGUGGGCUGCGCUGUGGGGCCCUGGGGGCCGUGGAGCGGGUGCAGCUCCCCGUGCGGGGUCGGCAGCAGGGCCCGCAGCCGCCAGGUCACUGUUCCGCCCCGGCACGGAGGGGAUCCCUGUCCUGACCUCAAGCAGCGCCGCGGCUGCCUGGGGCAGCACCCGACCUGCGGGACGGCCAAAGGUAACGCGGGCUGCCCGCUGCCCUCCGGCGCGCUCGUCCCCGUGUGCUGCCGCCCCGGGGUGUCUUUGAUCGGCCCCGUGCCCCUCACGGCCGCUCUUCUGCCAGAGGUAGCCAAGAUACUCCCCAACUCCUUCAGCCAGGACUUCAGAAAUCCCUGGCGGAGAGCCGGGCUGCCGCUGCCGGAGGAGCCUUCUGGGUACUGCGGCUAUUUCCGCCUGACGCAGGUGGGAGCCCCGUGCCGCGGGCGAGCCUGGAGCCGCGGGCUGCGCCGGGACCAGCAGGUGUGUGUGCAGUGCUGGGGGAGCCUGCCCCACCGCCGUGCCCACUGCGCUGGGCACGGGCUGCAAGGAGCCAGGACAUUCUGGGUGGCCGCUUCUGUGGUGGGGUGCCAGGGCUCGUGGGUGCAGGAGGGCCUGCAGGAGGGCUGUGUCUGCUCCCCACCAGCUCUCAUCUUCGUGUAG